AGUGAUCUCAUACAUGAUGACCGACUUAAGUCAUAAAUGCUUAUCCGUGUAAGCGAUGAGCUGAAGAUAAUGAGACAAGUAACCCACCCCCUCUGAAGACUUUAUGCACAUACGCCGUGGUGGGGGUGGUCGAGGGCCGGGAGUGGGAAAAGCCGACUGCAUCUAAGCCAUCCUGACUCUUCAACUUCAGUAGACUCCCGAACGCCGGACGAGGAGUUGGUCCGCGUCGUUUCGCUCCGUUCUUUCCCGGCGUGUUUGUGCUCUCGUAAACGCGUUUUUUUAAAAAUUUUUUCCCCUUCGGCGAGUGGUUUGUGUUGUGCCAGGAAGAAGCCACGGGAGCGCAGACAGGAUGCCAUCGAAGAAACAGUACGAUCUCGUCCAGAACGACGAAUACGACACGAGGAUACCAUUACAUUCUGAGGAGGCCUUCAACCACGGCAUCACAUUCCAAGCUAAGUACAUUGGCACUUUGGACGUUCCGAAACCAUCCAGCAGAUUAGAAAUUGUAGCAGCUAUGAGGAGAAUACGAUACGAAUUCAAAGCGAAGGGGAUUAAAAAAAAGAAAGUCGCAAUAGAAAUCUCGGUCGAAGGGGUCAGAGUAACACUGCGGAAAAAGAAAAAGAAAAAACAGUGGCUAGACGAAGGAAGUAUGGUUCUAAUGCAGCACCCAAUUUACCGAAUAUUUUACGUUUCUCACGACUCCCAGGACCUGAAGAUUUUUUCCUACAUAGCAAGAGAUUCUAGUAAUGUUUUUAAGUGCAGUGUAUUCAAAUCUAAUAAAAAGAGUCAGGCGAUGCGAGUCGUACGGACCGUCGGCCAGGCGUUCGACGUCUGCCAUAAGCUCUCUAUCAAUUCCCCCGAAGAGGAACAUAGCGAAAAAGACUCGACUUUAGAAAAAAACAAGAAAGUUUCAGAUAAUUUUUCGGAUCAUUUGAGUUUCGACGAAAUGGGAGCCGACGAAUCGAAUUCCAAUUUGGAUGUAGUGUCUGGAAUGACGUCUUCGCCGCUCCCGGUUCAGAGGCCGAUGAGGUUGGAUAUAAUGACACCACCUCAGAAUAACAACCACCAACGCAAAUCUCCUAUGGCUGGCGAGACGUACAGUUCUCCGCUAUCUGAACCUCUGAAACCCCUCGAUGUCUCGGGGAGCGGACUCCCCAGCGCAGGGACGCCACUCGGCGCUCACCACGAACUGCAGCUACUGCGUGAACAGCUGGACCAGCAGACGCAGCAGACUCAAGCCGCUGUCGCACAAGUCCACCUUCUUCGAGAUCAGCUAGCUGCCGAAACGGCCGCCAGGCUCGAAGCUCAGGCGAGGAUACACCAGCUGCUUGUUCACAACAAGGAACUACUGGACCACAUAUCCUCCUUGGUGCAGCAUCUCCAAGAACAGGAGAGACUACAAGGCAAUCAGGUGACAUCAGUACCUCAGAUGAGCCCGACAUCUAAAGUGAGCCGAUGGUUUGAAAUGAUCCAGCCUCCACUUUCAAGGCCCGAGUCCGGCUUCGUAGACUCGUUGGAAAUCGAAGAGCCUGAAAACCUGUUUCUAAUCAGCAAGCUGCCGACAAGGAAAAGGCGAAAACUCUUCGGACUGAAACUUGGAAAAGUGACGACGUUUUGAAAAUUCAUGACACGCUAUAUUUGAACCAUGACUCCACCAUGACAAAUUUUUUAAUGAUUAUGUUACUAUGAAUGUUAUAAGCAAUUUAUUUAUAAUAAAAACUAUAGACUGUAAGACUAUAAUCCUUAAUUAAUCAGUAUUUUAUUCUUUUAUUUAGGUAAAUGCUUAGUUUUAUUAUUGUUAAGACACUAAUUAAUCUCUCAAUAGAUCAUUUAUAAGUACAAAUGGGUGCUUUUUGUUUUCACUAAUGAUAUUUAUAAAUGACUGAUGUCAGAACCUGUAAGAACUCAAUUUAAAUUUCUGUUUGUUUCCUCAGAUAUGUAUUAUAUGUGUUUAGAAGUUUUUGUUCAAUAAUGAACUCUUGUAGGUUACCAUUCCUACAAUUCAUAUGCUCAGUCAAAUAAUUUCAUUUGUACAAAGACAAAACUUUAAUCCAAUAUUACAUUCUACCUGUUGAAAGAUAAAUUCAACGUGUAGUAAUGCAUUUAGAAAUAUUUGUCGUAUAAUUACGCUGUAUUUUUUUUUUAAAUUAUGAAGAGAUUUUGAUAUGUUGUUGAGUACAACAAAGGAUUCUCAAUUGAUUUUAAUGUUAAUUAAAAUACCAGUUUGACGAAUUCUACUCUUCAUAAGAGCAUAAUUUUAAAUGUAUCUAUAUGAAAUUUGGAGAGAUUUUGCAAGUUGUACGCUUAUUAUAAUGGAUGAUCUGCAGCUCUCUGUUUUUUUAUGCCAUGUUUAUGUAUUUUUUAAGUUUUCUAAGAUAAAUAAUUUAAAAAAAGAAAAGAAAUAGAAAGACUUAUCUUUACUGUGUACUAAUAAACAUUAUUUUAUACUGGAUGUUUUUUCUGACCACCAUUCAAGAAAAAGAAAGACUUAUCUUUACUAUGUACUAAUAAAUAUUAUUUUAUACUGGAA